AUGUCCUUUGCAUCCCUGCUGGCAGACAGAGACCAGCAGUUCCACCCUGCAGGAAGAUGGGGACAGACAAGAAAUGUCUGUACCGUUCUGGCUGUUCUAGGACUGGACGAUUGCCUGCAGCAGUAUGUCCAUAAAUUUGAACGGGAGAAGAUAAAUGGUGAACAGCUGUUACAGAUUUCUCACCAGGACCUUGAAGAUUUGGGUAUCUCACGGAUUGGACACCAGGAACUGGUUCUAGAGGCUGUGGAUCUCCUGUGUGCACUGAACUAUGGCCUUGAAACAGACAAUAUGAAGAACCUGGUUCUCAAGCUGCGAGCAUCAUCCAACAAUCUGCAAAAUUACAUCAGCAGCCGUAGAAAAAGUUCAAAUUAUGAUGGAAACACUUCUCACAAACCCCCCAAUGAAUUCCUUACUUCUGUAGUAGAGCUUAUUGGUGCUGCUAAAGCCUUGCUUGCAUGGUUGGACAGGAUAGAAACAUCCAGCGAGUUGUCAAGCUAUGAUGACAUCCAAUUAUAUCACUUGGAUCGUUGUGAAAGGAUCAUGUCUGGGUAUUCUCUUCUUGCAGAAAACAAUGGUGACUUCUGUCGUUUGUCACAUGAACUCGUUUCAGUUCAAAGACUUUUGUACCUGGGCUGUGACUCCACUGUGGCUGAUAUGGAAGAUAAAGUUCAGACAGUAGCCAAGACUUUAAAUGGCAUUUGUGAUAAAGCCAUCCGAUCAACUACAGAUCCAUUGAUGAGCCAGUGUGCGUGUUUGGAGGAGGUUCAUUUAACCAACAUUAAACCUGGAGAAGGCCUGGGAAUGUACAUCAAAUCAACUUAUGAUGGAUUGCAUGUAAUUACUGGAACUACAGAAAAUUCCCCUGCUGAUCGAUCUCAGAAGAUUCAUGCUGGUGAUGAAGUGAUCCAGGUUAAUCGGCAAACCGUGGUUGGAUGGCAACUGAAAAAUCUGGUGGCAAAGUUGCGAGAGAAUCCUGCUGGUGUUAGGCUGCUGCUUAAGAAACGUCCUACUGGCUCUUUCCAUUUCACUCCUGCUCCGCUAAAGAACCUGCGCUGGAAACCACCCUUGGUGCAGGUGAGAGGCUGCCGGCUCAACUCUGACACCAGGAUGGGAAAGCCUUGGUUGCAACUUGAAAAAGAGAAAUACCAGAAAUGCUUCCAGACGAGUCCUCCGCCAACUUCAACCCAGUCGCCAGAAAGCACCAUGGAUACCUCACUGAAAAAAGAGAAGCCAGCCAUUUUGGAUCUGUACAUACCACCUCCACCAGCUGUUCCAUAUUCUCCUCGAGAUGAAAAGGGGAGUUUUGUAUAUGGAGGAGGCAACAAACCCAAUCAGCCACUACCUGGGUCCAAAGGUGCUGAGUCUCCGAAUUCUUUUCUGGAUCAGGAAAGUCGAAGGCGAAGGUUUACUAUUGCCGACUCUGAUCAGUUGCCUGGGUAUCCUGUGGAAGCAAAUAUCCUACCAGCCAAGAUGAGGGAAAAAACACAGUCCUAUGGAAAACCUCGUCCUUUGUCAAUGCCUGCUGAUGGGAGCUGGAUAGCAGCUGCAGAACCCUUCUCUAGGCCACGAGCACCAGGGAGAAAAGGUGAAGAUGUCCUCUGCAGGUACUUCAGUAAUGAAAGGAUACCCCCAAUCAUUGAAGAAAGCCCCUCUACACAACACCCCCUCUCAAGGCCAGUGUCUGACAAGCAGUUAGUGAGGGGAACGGAUUAUAUUCGAGGCAGCAGGUGUUUUAUGAAUACAGACCUCCACAACAGUGCAACAAUUCCUUUUCAAGAGGAAGGUGCUAAAAAAUCCUCUGUUACAUCGUCCACAAAAUCUUCCUCUGCAGAGCCGUCGCUGCUGGUCAGUUGGAUCACAAGACUGAAAUUGUUGACUCAUUGACUGUUGUUCACAGGACUGUUACCAAGUGCCUUUGCUCAUCGGUCAGACUUCUCUACUUUUCAGCUUAACUGAUGCAUAGUGACUAAUGCGGUGUUCUUUCCUGGAGAAUCUUACAUUUUUGCCUUCUUGUUUGUGAUUAUUGAUGGAUCAGAGGUUUUCAUAGUGCAGUGAGGGGAGAAAGAUAAAGAUCAAGUUCCUCUUCCUGGCCAAGAGCCUGAGGGCUUUUCCCCUGGAAAUGAGUAAAAUUUCAGUGAUAUGGAGGCCACGCAUGACCUGAAAAUAUGCAUAGUGAUUCAGAGGAAACAUUGCAUUACAGUAAAGUCCAGUGGCACUUCAGUUGUCUGAAUGCUUGGAGACUGGUGCAACUAGCUGGGUGUCAAAGUAUGUAGAGCUCAGCAAAAAUUGUGUUACUCUCCUGACCAGGGAAGAUAAGCAGGGAAACAGCAGUUUCAUGCAACUUAAGUGAUGCUAUUGCAACUACAGUAUGAGAUCGACCUUGUGAGGAAGAAGUAAUAGUAUUGCCUUUCUUUCUCUGAUAUCCAGAGAUCUUGGGAAGAGUUCUCUUAUUCAGAGAUCUUAGGAAGUUGGACUAAUUUAAUUAUAUGUCAAUCCAACCUGAUAUAUAAUCCAUUUUAUUGAAAUCACAGUACAAAUAAAGAGGGCUGAACAACUGCAGUGCUCAUCCAUAAAGAUAUAUGGAUUGCUACAACAUGCCAAGGAAAAAAUGCAUCUGUAGAGGUGGUAAAAGAAUAUAUAUUUUUUUCCUUAAUUGUUUAAGAAUGAUUUGCUGUUAACCGAAGUAAGCUUUUACAUAGUCCUGUUGGACUUUAUAAAACUUUUACAGUGGUUCAGUUUUUGAAUGAUGUGUUGUUUUUAUGAAAAAUAUGUGCUAUGAUACAUUACAAUUGUAAGACAUCUUGCUAUUUUCUAUAUAGCUCAAUUUUUUUCCCUUCCAGAGUUUUAAAGUAGCAUUGGGUAUUUUGGGAGGAAAAUAAAACUUGUUUAACAAAAGAAGAGGAUAUUAAAGAGGUAUUGUU